GUUGGAGUUGUUGGUAAAAGGGAUCAGCUAAAUCCCACCGCUGCCACCAAGGAUCCCAAGGGUUCCUGUCCCGGCUCAAUGAGCACAGAGAUGCCUGGCAAGGGUGAGAAGAUCAGACCAAGAAUAUAGAGCCAUGAAGACCCCAGAGGAGAGGACAGGAAGCAGUUUAAUGCCUGGGGUAUAAAAUACUCACCAUUCUGGAGUUCGCAACAGCUGGGAAACACCAGGAUGGCUCUUCCCUGCAGCAGCUGGCUUUCUAAUGAAUGUUCAAAGCACCUCUUCCUGUUUUGCUGGCUCGCUCUCAACGCAUGGCUGUUUUAUAAAACUUUUGCCCAGUAUUACAGAGGUCCGCAGUACUAUUACUUACACAAGAUGCUAGGGUUAGGAUUGUGUAUUAGCAGAGCAUCGGCUUCUGUCCUUAACUUCAACAGCAGUUUGGUUCUUUUACCAAUGUGCCGAAUAUUGCUGGCCUUUCUACGUGGAUCUAAAAAGGUUGUGAAAAGGAAAACCAGAAGACUUUUGGACAAAAACAAAACUUUCCAUGCAGCCUGUGGAAUUGCAAUUUGUGUUUUUUCUGCCAUUCACGUGGUGGCUCAUGUCUUUAAUGCCGUCAAUUUUUCCGUGCACUAUAACUCUAAUUUUGAUGACCUGAAUGUAGCACGUUACAAAUAUGAGGAUCCUAGAAAAAUUAUCUUCACGUCUGUUCCUGGAUUAACUGGAAUUCUAAUGGUGGUGAUUUUGUUUCUGAUGUACACAGCCUCCACGGCUACAAUCAGAGCUUCAAAUUAUGACAUCUUCUUGCACACCCACAACCUGUUCUUUAUCUUCUAUGUUCUUCUGCUGAUUCAUGCUUCCGGCGGUGUGCUAAAAUAUCAGAGUAAUUUAGAAGAGCAUCCUCCUGGCUGCCUCUAUCUAAACAGAACCAUCAAUGAUUACAUUCCAUUGAGUGCUGUGGAUGGAGGAGAAUCUCCGGGGUCCAUCGCGGGGAGCUUUUCUUCACAAGAGGAACCGCCAAUUUGGAAUACGUCGGGAACGAUAUGCACCAAGCAACCAAAAUUCCGGCCGCAUUUCCCAAUGACUUGGAUCUGGAUCACUGGACCUUUGUGCCUCUACUGUAUGGAGAGAUUGUAUAGAUACAUUAGAAGCACUAAACCUGUUACUAUCACCUCUGUAAUACGUCAUCCUUGUGAUGUCAUCGAAAUCCGCAUGAUAAAAGAAAACUUUAGUGCCAGUCCCGGCCAAUACAUAAUUCUGCAGUGUCCCAGAGUGUCUGCAUUGGAAAAUCAUCCAUUUACCCUGACAAUGUGCCCAUCAGAAACAAAAGCAACAUUUGCAAUUCACAUGAAAGUGGUGGGAGAUUGGACAGAAAGGUUUUGCGGUUUACUGGAAUCAGAUUGCAACCAAACAGAAGUCCUCCCAAUUCUUCAGCAGAGAAAAAGUCCAAAAAUCUAUAUUGACGGUCCAUUUGGAAGCGCGUCUGAAGAAGCCCUAAAUUAUGAGGUCAGCCUCUGUGUUGCCGGAGGCAUUGGAGUAACUCCAUUUGCAGCGAUACUCAACCAACUGCUGGAUAACUGGAAACAGCACAAGCUGCAGAGGCUCUAUUUUGUGUGGAUAUGCAGAGACAUCGAGUCCUUCCUCUGGUUUGCGGAUCUGUUAUGUACGCUUCACAACAAGCUUUGGCAAGAAAACCGACCAGACUAUUUAAACAUCCAGCUGUACCUCAGCCAGACAGAUGGAAUAAAGAAAAUAAUCGGGGAGAAAUAUCGGGCUUUGAACUCCCGGCUCAUUUUCGGACGUCCACGCUGGAAAGUUUUGUUUGACGAAAUAGCCAAAUCUAACAGACAGAAAACUGUAGGAGUUUUCUGUUGUGGACCAAAGGGAAUCUCCAGGGACCUCCAUAAACUCUGCAACAAUCCUAAUUCAUAUGGGACUACAUUUGAGUACAAUAAGGAAUCAUUCAGUUAACUGGAAUAAAACAUUCAAGGGACAUUUGUGCAAUUUAAUAUUUACAAAAGCACAAUCAAACACGCAUAAUGUAUACGUCAUCAUCAAGUUAAUUUUUUGUUUCCCAAUUACCGGUUCUUCCACAAAGCUGACCUGUGUAGGUCAAACCAAGUAGUCAACCAAAUUUCCAAAACAACCAUGGCGUUUCUGUUACAUUACGAGCUAUAAUUUAUGGCAGCUACAAAAAAAGGAACUUCUAUACUAAAUUGCAGCUCAUGUAAAUCCAGAAAGAAGUAAGCUGGGUAGGUUAUCAGUUCAAUGACCCGACUAGGCAUUGGACAUGAUCCAUUCUGUUCUUGCUUCUGUUCUUUAUUACUUGAGCUUUGCUUUUUUGGCUGAUAAUGCUUGCGUUGAGACAGCGAGAGUCGUCAUGUGCUCGAUGAUGCCAAAGGCUCUUGCUUAACCAGAAAAGUUUGCACAUUGUCCAUCAGUUGCCCGAUAUCUACGUUCUUCAUAGAGCCUUAUCUCAUUUGGUGGACAUGAAAGACCCAACAGAAGUCCAGUUUAAGGGUUAGAAAACUUGCAGAUGAGCCUAAUUUAUGACCUCAUUGUUGAAAAUUCUAGAACAGUCUAAUCAGGGGGUUUGGGAAGUCACUUAACAUUACAUUGACUCAGGUUUCCUGUUUGAUAGGUCAUGUUAACCAAGGUUUCAUAUAUGGAGAACCUAGGAACUAAGGUUUGAUAUAUAUGGCGAAUCUAAAGAACCCAGUUUUCAGCCCAUUGGUAAUUUGAUAAAAAUCUGCACUGAGGUUGGCAUAACCACUGAUUAUUUAUAAGUUACAGGGAGCUCUUUGGUUUUAUGUUCUCAGACCCUAAAGAUUUAUAACAAUUACAUUUCAGACUUUUAUAUUUUGAUAUCAGACACACAAGGGAGACAGAAAUCAAGUUUAUACACGACUAGAUCAAUUUACAAAUGGAUAUGGGUAUGAUUUAAACAAAUAAUCCAAACGUCAUUAGGGGUAGAUGAUUUAUUAACAUCCACUGCUAAUGAAAAAAGAUAUAGAGUCACAUCAAUUUUUUGGGGCCUCAGAGAUGUCGUUUUCAGGGCUGGAUUUACCAGCGCAUGUUCAGAUAUUAAACCAUCAAUUACACAUUUGUUCUUGUAAAUAGACAGACAUGCCAUUAUUAUUAUUUUUUAUAGAACCACUCCAAGUAUUGGGCCAUUUAUUUUAUAAACCCAAUAACAUUUUAUUUAUAUAGUAGAUCACAUUUUGCAGAUUUUCUAAAUCUUGACAGAAACAAUCUGAUAAUAUAUUUUUACAUAGAAGGAAAAGGGGGAAACGUCUAUAUAGAAGCCAUAACCAUACUUGGAAACUUCUGAGCUCCGGCUACCCAGAGCCUUCCCUUGCGGGACGUGGCCAGGACUGCCCGCUGAUAAAGCGGGUGGUCCCGCUGACGUCGGUGGGCAUUCUCGCUGACAUUGCGGGAAACACCCCCAUUUAAAGGGGGAAAUGGGUGGGGAGCGAGGCGUGUCAAGACCCCGCUCCCGCGCACCCGGAGGAUUCGGGUGUUGACCCGGAGAACUGGAGAAGCGGUGCUUCACCCGGAGAGUUCCCAGGUAUCCUCAUAAUGUUCAAUCGCUAUAAUAUAUAUUUUUUCGGUUUAAGAAAAACUUAAUAACAAAUAACUACGUAUGCCUCUCUCCACCGGCUUAAAUCUGUUUAUUUUGUCAUGAUGUAUACCGUGCACUUUUUCUCAUUUUGUUAAAAGUUUAUAAAGUUAUGUCUGUUUUUAAA